AUGACAGAUAUAAAUUCAGUUGAAUAUCAGUCAGCAUCAUCACGUAUAUGUGAUGAAGGUAAUAGUUCAUUUUUAUUAAAUCAAAGUAAUGUUCCAAUGGAUGUUGAUAUUGAUGAUGAUGAUGAUGAAAUCAUACCGUCACCUUCAACAAAAAUUAAUGGUCAUAGAAAAUCAUCAUAUACAAUCGAGAAUGGUAAUAAUGAUGAACAAGAAGAUAAAGAAGAUGUUUUUCAUCUUGGAAAUCCUCAAUUAAAUAAAUCAUUUGAUGUACUACCACAAAUUAAAGACGAUAAUAUUCCUUCAGUUGAUUCAAUUGUAGAUAAUAGUGCUGAGAAUAUUGAUGGACUUGAUUUAACAGUUGAACUACCAAACAACAAUAACAAUAAUAAUAAUAAUACUAAUGAAUUCGAUUUCAAACAUUCGCCAGAUUCAAAUACACCGAAAUCUAUAAGUAAUAUGAAUACACCGACAGGUGCUCAAGCUCUUUUAUCCAAUCAAUUCUCACUUGAAUAUCCAUAUGUAAUACCACAACCACAAGAAAAUAUCCAUUCACCAUCAUCACCCAAUCCUCUUGAGACGGUAACGGCAUUGACAAAAAAUAUGAAAUUAAAUGUUAAUAAGUCAUUGGAAGGACAAGAACAACCUUCAACACCAACUUUCAAUACAGAUAAAACGUUUGACACUAAUACAUUUGUCUUGAAAAAAAAGGAACGACGAAAAGCGACAACACCAGCUUCAGAUAAUAGUUUCAAUACACUUGCCGAAGAUAAUACAAUAGAUUUGUGCAAUAAACAAUCUCCGUUCAAUGCACCCUCGACACCAUUAGAUACUGCAGUCACUUCUCGACCGGCUACAGGAAUUUCAUCUUCGCAACAGCCGUCGAUGGAUCCUGUGCGAAUCAUGUAA